GAAGAUACCUCGGAAUAAUGGAUGUGGCUAGGUUGGGCCGCUUGGUCUUUGAGCUUCUUUGCCUUGGCAGUUCCACAGGGACCAUUUGCUUCAAAUGUACUGAGAGCAGAGGGUUUAUUGGUUGCAGUCACGGACUGUAGGAGUCUGUAUACCGAUUAGGAAGGAGAAUGAAUGGCAUUACCAUGAUGCGUCUAGAUUGUCCCCAUGGAGUGACGAGAGGAUUUAAAUGCGCCUUCAUCCCUGUCCGUCAUUCUCCGUGCUGAGUGUGCGCUCACCGGACCUGGCUUGAAGUAAUCAUUGACUGCUCAAUCUAUCAAAAUGAGGAACCACAUGGCCGCAGGGUGGUUCUACUCCCCAAGUCAGAUAGGCCGGUAUAUCGUCACUCGAUUCACCAGUCUCAAGCCUCCCAGGAACAAAAUCCGCAAUCCUGUUGCCGUUCUGCAAGAACUGACCACCCACCAAUGGCUCAUGUUCCUUGUUGGCUUUUUAGGAUGGACGUGGGAUUCAUUUGACUUCUUCACCGUGUCCAUGACAGUGACUGAGAUUGCAAAAGACUUUGAUACCUCUGUCACCAGUGUUACCUGGGGCAUCACCGUUACUCUCAUGCUUCGAUCAGUCGGCGCCUUGAUCUCCGGUUUCUUUUCGGACAGAUACGGAAGAAAAUGGCCUUUCAUAAUCACACUGUCAACUUUUAUAGUCCUUGAACUUGCGUCUGGAUUCUGUCAGACUUUACCACAGUUUCUCGGUGUCCGCGCUUUGUAUGGAAUAGCAAUGGGAGGUCUGUUUGGCCCCGCCGCGGCCACCGCUCUCGAGGAUCUUCCCUACGAUGCUCGAGGCGUACUAUCCGGCUGCUUCGAGAUGGGAUACGCCAUCGGAUACCUGCUAGCAGCUGCAUUCUACAGGGCCCUGGUUCCCACCACUACCCACGGCUGGCGCAGUCUGUUCUGGUUCGGCGCUGCUCCUCCAGUCCUCAUCAUCCUCUUUCGCUGGAUGCUCCCCGAAACCAAUCACUUCCAGGUCAUGGCUGCCGAGCGCGAGGAGCGCAUCCGGCAGGCUCACGCAGGGGACGACCAUGUCCGCGCUAUGGGCCUUCGGUCGUUCCUGAAAGACGCCGGCACCGCAUUGAAAGAGAACUGGGUGCUGUUCAUCUAUCUCGUCGUCUUGAUGACGGGAUUCAACUCCUGCUCUCAUGGAAGUCAGGACUUUUAUCCUACCUUCCUGAAAGACCAGGUCGGUCUCAAACCGACUCAAGUCACGGUCAUCACGGUCGUGGGGCAGGCCGGGGCCUUCGUCGGCGCCAACUUCUUCGGCUACAUCAGUACCUUCUUUGGCCGACGCUUAACCAUGAUGGUGACCUGUGUUAUUGGCGGUGCUUUGGUUCCUGUGUACGUUCUGCCACGCGACAUGAGCUUGAUCGCCACGGUCUUCUGGCAGCAGUUCUGCGUCGGUGUGAAUCCCCCUGCGCUUCGCUCACUUCUCGUCGGACUGACGUAUCAAAUGGGAAAUCUUGCCUCGUCUGCGUCUGCUACGAUCCAGUCGACGAUCGGGUCACGGUAUCCUUUGCCCCCUACUGAAGCUAAUAAGAAGCGAUUCGAUUACGGCAAGGUUAUGGGGAUUUUCCUGGGUGCCGUCUGGGCGUAUAUGCUGUUCUUCCUCUUCUGGGGGCCUGAGAUGUCCGCGGAAGAAAGAGAAGAGGAAGCGGAGGCGGCCAAGUACCUGGAAAAACUCCGUUUUGAGGGGGUCAGUCUGGCUGAGAUUGGAGUUAUGCAGGCGAGGAAGGUCAAGGGAGCUGAAAUGCCUCUUCGGGAUAACGAUGAAGAGAAAGGUAACGAGGCCGUUACCGAGCACAUCGAGUGAGUGAUACAGAUUAUGGGGCAUGGUACUUAGUAUUUGUCUCUGUUGUCAUGAGUUUCAUGGAAAAAGGGAGGUGAACAAAGAUCAGAGUCUGCAUCAGGUAUCGAACUAAAUACAAGCAGAUACCCAUAUGUCACAUCGAAUAAUCCAUAAACUCAUUUCGUAGAUCAUAAAUACAAGGUAUCACAAGCGGCAGCACACCUCAUUGCACUGGCGAGAGCAACCA